UGAUGUAAUAAAAACUGUGGAGACCUAUUCCAAACGAUUUUAAUAUUUUAAAUGAAAGACUUUACAUCUAAGGAGAGUUUACCAAAGAAAAUGGAAAGAUUAGAGUACUCUAUGGAUAUGAUUAAUAUAUACUCUCUUCAAAAGUAAUUAAAGAAUGAGUUAUAUUAGAAUGUCUCCCAACCUAAUAAGUGUUUAAGACUUGAAUUUGAUGUGAAAUUUGAAAUAUUGAGAAAGCCUAUUCCAAAAAAAGAUAAGGAUGAUGAUAGUUUAGGUCCCAUUAUAGGAUUACAAUUUUUAAGAGAUUGUGAAGAGAAUAUGAUAAAAUUGAGACUUAAUGCAGCCACUUAGCAAAUUAUUGAAUGGAGAUCCUAUCUUGGAGAAAGAAUUAAUUAAUGGUAAUUUCAUAGUAUGUUCAGAGUUUAUAAAAAAAUUGGGAAAGGAAAUUUUGCAUCUGUAAAAAAUCAUUAUAAUAUUAGGUUUAUUAAGCAGAAAGGAUUGAAGAUAAUUAAUAAUUGGCAAUAAAAGCAUUUGCAAAAUAGGCUGCUUAUCAAGAAGAAAAUGGAAAAAAUGCUAUAAUAAAUGAAUUAACUAUAAUGAGAUAAUUAAAUAAUACACAUUUAAUGAAAUUAUAUGAAGUCUACGAAACUAAUAAUUCAUUGUAUGUAACUCUGGAAUUAUUAGAGGGAGGGUCAUUAUAUGAUUUAAUUAAGGAUAAAGUUUAAAUCAAUACAAAGUAAAUAUAACAAAUAAUUGUGGGAAUCCUUUUAGGACUAUAAGAAAUGCAUAAAAAAGAGAUUAUGCAUAGAGAUUUGAAACUAGAGAACAUAAUAUUCAAAAAACCAAAGUAUAAAUUUAACUAUUCUAUUAAGAAAGAUGGAAUCAGUUGUAAUUGCUGAUUUUGGAUUGGCAACUUAUGUGAAUGAGCCAGUUUAUUUAUUUUGUAGAUGUGGAACACCAGGUUUUGUAGCACCAGAAGUUAUCAAUAUAAAGGAUAUGAAAUCUAAAUAUUCUUCUAUUUGUGAUAUUUAUAGUAUUGGAUUAGUAUUUUAUUUAUUGCUUACUGGAAUAUCUGCUUUUAAUGGAAAAAGUUAUUCUACAGUAGUAAAAUAAAAUAGAGAAGCGAACAUUAAUUUUGAUAUCAAAUAGUUAAAGAAUGCUCCUGGAUAAGCUAUAAGUUUACUUAAAUAAAUGCUUGAGAAAGAUCCAAAAAAGAGAAUCAAUAUUGAAAGAUGUCUUAAUCAUCCUUUUUUAUAUGAUACAGCUAGAUAAAUGAUUGAAGAUGAAAAUUAAGAUAAUAGUUUCGAUGAAAUUGAUGAACAAAUCUAAAUUCAAUCUAUGAUGCUUUAAAUGAAUGAUAAGUACAAUUUAUUAUAUAUUAGUUAUUCGUAAUUCGAUUUUACAAAAAAUAAUAAGAAUUCUCCUCUAGAAUCACCUAUCUAAUCUCCAGGAUUAGUUAUGUAGAAAUAAAUUAAACAAUAAAAAUAAAUUGAUUCGUAAAAGGCUGUCGGAGCCGAUUCUCCUUUAAUAAAAGGGAAAAUUGAGUCUGUUGAUAGUGCAUAGACUAUUGGAACUCCAACUAAAAAAUCCAGUGUAUUUUCACCAUCACCAUAAUUAAAACCAUCUAGAUUUUCAAAGUAAACUUAAAAUAAUCCAUUAUUAAAAUAUUCUAAAAAAGAUUGAAU